AUGAUGGGAUAUGGGGGCCAUAAUUACUACCAGCAACAGCAAUCCCAGCAAAAUGCUCACCCACAGCAGCAGCACAUGCAGUCGCCGGCCAUUGGCGCGGCCGCCGCCCAGCGGCAGAACGCCAAUGCGUUUGGCAGUAACAGUUCUCUGUUUCGGCCGCAACAGCAAGCCGAUAUAACGGCUGUCUCGCCCAGUCUCCGCAACAUGACCACCACGACGUCGCAAUCGUUAGGUGGUUUACCAGCGGGGACGAGCUUCAGCUCGUUCUCUGGGCAGUUUCAGCAGCCCGCGAGUACAUCGGACUUGCUGUCCAGGAGCACGGACCCGAUUGGGCAGCUGAAAAGCCCAUAUCUCUCUUCUUCGCUGCAGGGUCUGCAGAGGAACGUGAACCCGGUAGCUAACUACCGGCAUGUUCCAUUGAACUCACAAACCGCUCUAUCGCCGCAUACGCAGGCGAUGAGUACAUCUUCUCCACAGCAGUCGCUGGAUCGGUUGCAACCGCAGCACCUCCAACAUCGGCAAUCACCACAUACACACCCUACAGCAUCAACAUCAACGCCUACCUCUGCUGCCUCGCCAAUGCUCUCGACUAACUCUCAACAGCAACAGCAACAUCAGCAGCAAUAUACGCAGCAGCAGUAUCAGCAAUCUUCUCCAUAUCAACAGCAGCAGUCGACGCAGUACCAGCAACAGGCACAGCCACAAUCGCUUUCUCAGUAUCAACAGUCUCAAAAGACCCAGCAGCCUACGCAGUAUCAGCAACAGGCGCAGCCGCAGCAGCAAUCACAGUAUCGGCAGAAUCAACAGGCUCAGUAUCAAACACAGUCUCAGAAUUCCCCGUAUCUGUCUCAGCCUCAGUAUCCGCAGUAUUCACAAGCGCAGCAGCCACCGUAUCAGCAACAGCUACAUGGCUAUCAACAACAACAGCAGCAAGCGCAGCACGCACAGCAACAGGUACAGAAACCAGCCUCGCAGGUACCGCAGUCGAGUCAGCAAGUUCAGCAGAGCUAUCAGCCGCAGGCGCAAAAGCCGCCGACGCAGCAAGUACCACAGAUAAGCCAACAGAGCCAUCAGCAACAACAAGCACAGAAAUCGGCGCAAGUACCACAGCCAAACCAGCAGGUUCAACAGAGCUACCAACAGCAACAAGCUCAAGCUCCAAAGCCAGCUCAGCAGGUACCGCAGUUCAGUCACCAGAGCUAUCAGCAGUCAAAGCCGGCCCAGCAGGUAUCCCAAUCGAGCCAACCGGCUCAGCAAAGCUACCAGCAACCGCAAGCGCAGAGACCAGCCCAACAGGUGCCACAGCUGAGUCAAUCAGGCUAUCAGCAGCAACACGUACAGAAAUCGGGCCAGGCAUCACAGUCGAGCCCGCAGGUACACCAGAGCUAUCAACAGCAGGCAUCAAAGCCUGCUCAGCAUGUAGCGCACACUCAGCAGCCCCAACAUCAAGUGCAAAACCACGCCCAACAAGCCCAGAAGUUCCCUCAAUCUUCCCAAGCUUCUCCGAUCCAGCUUCCGCAGGCGUCACAACCUUUGCAGGCAUCUCAAUCAUCUCAAGCGCAUGCCCGGCAACAGGCGCAACAAGCACAGGCUUCUCAAGGAUCAAGUACUCAUCAGAUGCAAGCGCAGCACUCUCAGCAAGCACAUCGAACGACUCAACAGCCCCAGAAGGCCCAAAAAGCUCAGCAGAGCCAGAAGGCACAGCAGACUCAACCAAGUCAACCAAAUCUGUCAAAUCAACAGCCUUACCAACAAAUUUACGCUCAACAAGCUCAACAAGCUCAGCAAGCCCAACGGUCGCCUUACCAGGCACAGAUGCAAAACCCCCAGUUCCAAUAUGCAUACCAACGCCAAUACCCCCAGGGACAAUACCAGUUGCAGUCGCCGCAAAUGAAUACUUCGCAGACUCCCCAACAACACCAGUACCAUUUGCAAGCACAGUCUCAUAGCUCUCAAUCUCCCCAGCAAUCAUUACUGCAGAAGCCGCAACAGCAAACACCUCAGAUGUCGCCACAGGGCACGCCACAGUUGCAGCAACAACAGGCACAGCGACCACAACAAUCCCAGCCGACUGCUUCCCAGGGUCCCGCGACACAAGAGCCUAAGAAGAAGAAACCUGCUGUCAAGAAGGAAAAGCAGCCGAAGCCCACCCCGGCCCAAGCACCGUCUCAACCUACCGCAGCCCAGGUCCCUGGAUCCCAAUUACCCGGUUCUCAAUUUUCCGCGUCUCAACUGCCAGGGCCCCAAACUCACGUACCCCAGGCCCAGCCAGCCAGUCAACCAGCACCUCAAUCGUCAGCCCAGACAACCAACCACGUGAAUGGGAGGGCACCCAUGACGUUCAUUUCGGAAAAUUCGACACAGAAGCCGACGAAACCAGGUGACCCCAAUCAUACGCCGAAAAAGCGAGGCCGUCCGCGAAAGCAACCCGGAGACGAGACGAAACCAAGGAAGCCAAAGAAACCCAAGAAUGCACUUGGUGACCCAUCCGCUGCAAUCGCCGCGUUACCGCCCGGUCUUGCUGCCAUUCCAGGCGUGGGAGUACCUUUUUCAAUUGCGCCGCCUGCUUCAGCUGCGUCUGCUGGGUCUUCCGGCACAUCUGGCCCGCCAGCUCCGAUUAUUGGACCGGAUGGCAACCCUAUCCCUCAGAAGCGCAAACGUGGACGUCCACGUAAAUCCGAGACAGGCGAUACGCCUCGUAAGCCAAGGCCACCACGGGACCCGACAAAGCCGAAGGGCACGGGACGGCCUCGCGGUCGGCCGAAGAAGGCGGAUGUGGAGGCGAGGAAGAAGUUGGAAGCAGAGCAAGCUGCUGCGGCUGCGGCUGCGGGUCAGUCUCAGGGAGGUCAACCUGGCCAACCGGGACAGGUUAACCAACCUGGACAAGUAAAUCACGUUGGCCAGGUCAACCAGCAGGGACAAAUUGGAGCUCAAAUUGGAACUCAAGCCGGGGCUCAACCACAGCCUAAUGCGCACGCUCAAACGCAUGCUCAAGCAUCGACCCAGCCUCAGCAACCUCAAGCUCAUAUGCAGAGGCCCCGGAUGCAGGCGCAGAUGCAAACACAACCCCAAAUGCAAACCCAGGGAAUGAAUUCCCAGCACAGCCAGCAUAGCCAGCACAACCAACACACGCAGGCUCAACGACAAGCGCAAAACUCGAUGCAGAACAUGCAAGGCCAAAUGCAAGGUUCCCAGCGACAAGCCCAACCCAUGCAAGCGCAACCGCAGAUGCAGGCAGCGAGCCAGAGACCCCAGUCGCAUGUGCAGGCACAACAAGCCCGGAUGCAAGCCCAGGUACAUGCUAAGCCUCAAAUGCAGGUCCAGCCUCAGAAGGCUCAACCUCAAAUGCACACUCAGCAGAUGCAGAGCAAACCCCAGGCGCAAGCCCAGAUAACCAAGCCUCAGGGUCAACCUCAAGCUCAGAUGCAGGCGAAGCCGCAGGUGCAACAGCAAAUGCAGUCUAAACCCCAGAUACCGCAGCAGCCUCAGACGCAGCCUCAACUGCAAGCUCAGAUGCAUAACCAGCCUCAGCGACAGGUGCCGUCGCCGAUGCAGACCCAGCCUCAGUCUCAACUGCAGGCCCAAAUGCACAAUCAGUCCCAGCGACAGGUGCCGUCACCAUUGCAGACCCAGACCCAGCAGCCUUCUCACCACAUGCCGCAACCGCAAAUGCAGGCUCACGCUCAUGGACAAGCCUCCCAGGCCCAAGCUCAGCCUCAGGCCCAGGCUCCAACUCACAGCCAUGUCCAGGGACAGGGACAAGCCCAAGCACCGACCAACUCUCUUCCAUAUCCUCACUCCCACCCACAAGCAUAUCAAACGCAGUUCCAUGCGCAGAUGCAGCCACAGCUGCACCACACGCAAUAUCCACAAUUCCAACAUUCCCUCUCCCAUCAUCAACACCCUCUCCACUACCCGCAAUUCUCUCACACGCAACACCAAGCCCAACCGGGCUCGCCGAUGACGUUGAACCAGGGGCAAAAGCGCCCCGGCUCGGUCCUCGACGAUGACCCUCGCAAACGAGCGUAUAUAAUGCCACAUCAACUAUAG